CAAGUGCCUUCGCCAAUGGCAUAGACAUGUGAUGGAUAGACGAGAAUAGUCUGCUCGGGACAUAAAAGCGUGGCAAUUGACGCAAGAUUCUUCGCCAGCGUAUCUGCCGAAGCCAAGAUCGGCUUCGAUCUGGUCAUUCUCAGAUGUAUUCGCGGAGAAAUACUCUUCUGCUCUCAAACACGUUAAAACACGUUAAACAGCAGAAAAGACCGACGAGGAAUGAUUGACGACAGUCGUCGCGUCGAUUGCGUCACGCGCGAAGUCGUACUUUCUAGAACCCGCGCCACGCGUCGACUACACUCGACGUAUUCGAUGGUAUCGCAGCUGCCGGAGAUGGGAUCCCUGUGAAACCUCAAGGAAGAUCAUUCGCAGUGAUCGCCUUUUCACGCGUUUUCCGAAAUGCGUCGUCAGAUCGCCCGCCGAAUGUUUUAUUACUCCAGGUUAAUCCGUUGCGGUUGCGGUUAGGUCCACGCGACGCGGGCGAGGGGAGUUAGAGGGGCGAGCGGGGAAAGGGCUGCCCAUGUGAUAGCGCGCGCGCCCACUCUCGUCUCUCCGCACCAGCUCUCAUUCUCAUUCCACUCGUGUUCUGCUCGCGAGACAACGUGCGGUCACGCCGUGCCGAUCUUCAACUCGCUUCCCGACGCCAAUCGUUCGCAUUAUCCCUCCAAGGAAUCUCAACCUGAGAAUCAAAGAUGCACAGACUACCGACCAUGUUGAGAGGAGCUGCCCUGCGUCAGUUGCAGGCACGCAGUUAUGCCAAAGAUGUGCGUUUCGGGCCGGAGGUUCGUGCCUUGAUGUUGCAGGGUGUAGACAUUUUGGCAGAUGCUGUCGCCGUGACAAUGGGCCCUAAAGGCCGUAACGUUAUUCUAGAACAAAGCUGGGGUAGUCCAAAGAUCACAAAGGAUGGUGUGACAGUAGCAAAAGGUAUCGAGUUGAAGGACAAAUUUCAAAAUAUCGGAGCCAAGCUGGUGCAAGAUGUAGCUAAUAAUACCAAUGAGGAAGCUGGAGAUGGUACCACAACCGCAACUGUACUAGCCAGAGCGAUAGCCAAAGAAGGAUUUGAGAAAAUUAGCAAAGGAGCAAACCCCGUAGAAAUUCGACGAGGUGUGAUGCUAGCGGUAGACAAAGUCAAAGAUGAAUUGAAAACUCUGAGCAAACCCGUCACGACGCCCGAAGAAAUCGCGCAGGUGGCAACGAUAUCUGCCAAUGGUGACAAAGCUGUCGGCAACUUGAUCUCCGAUGCGAUGAAGAAGGUUGGAAAGGAAGGCGUCAUCACGGUGAAGGACGGCAAAACGCUCAUCGACGAACUCGAAGUCAUAGAGGGAAUGAAGUUUGACAGGGGCUACAUCUCCCCGUACUUCAUCAAUUCCAGCAAAGGAGCCAAAGUCGAAUUCCAGGACGCGCUCGUUCUGUUCAGCGAGAAGAAGAUCUCGUCUGUGCAGAGCAUUAUCCCUGCUUUGGAACUCGCCAACUCGCAACGCAAACCCCUCAUCCUGAUCGCCGAGGACGUGGACGGCGAGGCUCUGUCGACGCUCGUGGUCAAUCGCCUGAAGAUUGGACUGCAAGUGGCUGCGGUAAAGGCUCCCGGUUUCGGUGACAAUAGGAAGGCCACUCUUCAGGACAUGGCGAUAUCCACUGGUGGCAUCGUGUUCGGCGACGAUGCCAAUCUCAUUAAACUCGAGGAUGUCCAACUAAGCGACUUGGGUCAAGUGGGAGAAGUCAUCAUCACGAAAGACGACACUCUCUUCCUGAAAGGUAAAGGAAAGAAGACCGACAUUGACAAGAGGGCCGAUCAGAUUAGGGAUCAAAUCGAAAACACCACCUCCGACUACGAGAAGGAGAAGCUGCAAGAACGUCUAGCGAGGCUAGCAUCUGGAGUCGCUGUUCUGCGAGUUGGCGGCAGCAGCGAGGUGGAAGUGAACGAGAAGAAGGAUCGCGUGCACGACGCGCUCAAUGCCACUCGUGCUGCUGUCGAAGAAGGAAUCGUUCCCGGAGGUGGCACCGCGUUGUUGAGAUGCAUCCCGGCAUUGCGGCAGCUCAAAGCAUCGAACUUGGAUCAAGAAACCGGAAUCAAGAUCGUCGCGAACGCUCUGCGUAUGCCAUGCUUGCAGAUCGCGCAAAACGCUGGCGUCGACGCCAGCCUGGUGGUGGCCAAAGUGAGCGAAGGCAAGCUUGGCUACGACGCCCUGAACGACGAGUAUGUCGAUAUGAUCGAAAAAGGAAUCAUCGAUCCCACGAAAGUUGUACGUACGGCGCUCACUGAUGCAGCGGGUGUCGCUUCGUUGUUGUCGACGGCGGAAGCGGUCGUCACAGAACUGCCUAAGGAGGAACCACAGCCACCAAUGGGUGGUAUGGGCGGUAUGGGAGGAAUGGGUGGCAUGGGUAUGGGCAUGUAAAAACCAAGGAGGAAAUAGUCCGUACCAUCUUGUUCGUUACGAAUCACCAUUACACCGCGCAACAUUGUUUAAAUAGUUAUGGACAGUAGUUCCGUUCAAAGAGAGCGGAGGUGACCGACGGUUAUAAAAGUGAAUGAUGAUUGUAAAAAAGUUUUAUAAAAGUCGAACUUGAUUGAUAAUAAUUUCCAAGUACCAUUUCAGUUUAUCUUCUCUUAUCUUCCUGAUACAGUCAAUUUGCGUUAUAGAAGGAAAACAAUUAAGUUUAACUUUUAUAAAACUUUUUCCUAAGCAAUUAACAAUACAAAUGCUACACAUUGAAGACUUGUAUAUGUUAUUCAUUCAUGAGUGAAAUACUUUAAAAGUUAUAAUAAUUGAACAAAUGUGCUAACGAAGUAUUCUACAAUAGAUUCCAACUGUUUCAUUACUUUAAGCCAAGAAUGGGAAUGACCAUUAUUAUUACAUCUGAAAACAUUUUAUACAGUUUAGCAGUUUUAGCGUAUAAUAAAGAUGCAAAUGUAAAAACGAGUGUAUGUGAAAUAUUAAAUAUGAAAAGUUAAUUAUUUAAACUUU